AGUAUAAUAUAAUGUACUUUUUGUUUGUCAAAUUUUCUUGUUUAUCAAUUCCUAUAUCCAUGUGAAUUACUCUUUGGAUCAAGAGGGAAUACUUAUGCCUCUUUUUUUUUUUUUUUGGGUUCAGUGUUUUAAAAUGAUGGUGUUCGAGCAAAUUUGCGUACAUGAGUAUCUGCUGUCUCUCGUCAACAUAGGUAUCAGGGAUGUUGUAAUCGAUGGGAGGGCAAUGCUAGGGUGACAUUGCCAUGUUCAUUUGGCAAGCGAGAAUGAUAAAAUGGAACAUCAAUUCCAGACAUGAAAAAUUGACAUAGGUAUGUUCGAUCAGAGUCCUCACUUCAUGCAGGGGAACUAUUUAUGAAGUUAUACGUAUUCACUCACCUUCUUUAGCAUUCAUUUCAUAAUAAUGUCGUUUCGCUUAGAUCAUUUUUUUAGUUUGCAAUCUUUAUAGAAUUACAAUGAAAUAUCAACGAAGAAGUAGGGGAACUUGAAUUUAUCUACUAUCUGGGGGGAAAACUUGCUUAUGCUAGAAAUCUUGUUAUCUUCCAAGUGUUUGGAUGGUAAUUUUCCGCCCUCUUUACACAGUGUCUCGUAUCAAUGCCACACAAUGAAGAUAAGAAAAGGAAAAUGGACAAAGUAUGCGUUGUCGUCACUUGCAAAAAUAUCAUACAAUAUCUAAAAUUUUAUUUUGUGACACUAGGUGGGAACAUAGUACAAGUACUAUAUAAAUUAUUCAAUUUUAAAUAUAGUUCAAGUUGAAGACAGAAAUUGCCAAUUUGGAAGAUAACAUGUAAUUAGGUGGAAUUAGUCGAGGCGUGGGCAAGCUGACUCGGACAUCACGAUUAUUAAAAAAAAAUUAUGAUUCACUAAAACCCCAACCUAGUCCCAGGAUCCUUUAAUCUGAAGAACUAAGGCAAAAAAUUUAAUUUUUGGUAGCCCAAUACUCUUUUACUUUCCAUCUCACAAAUUCUCCUAGUGAUAUAAUUCCAUUUCCACGUCAGAGUAUAUAAUCCGUCUCUACCAAUAGCAUUCCUUCCUACCAGAUAAUAACUCAUCAUUUCACCACAUACACAUCCACAAACACACACCACACAUCAAAAAAAUCCAUAUUCCUUCUCAAUCUGACACAUAAUAUAACCUCAUCAUCCCUCCUUAUCUUUCUUGAUCCCAAGUUUUCACUUAGCCAGUUAGAGAAGUAACAAGAAUAGUGAAAAGCAAGACAAUGGCCAGUGUAACCUCUGCUGCAGUUACUAUCCCAUCAUUCAGUGGCCUUAAAUCCGGUACAUGUUCCAAAAUUAGCAAUGUAGCGAAAAUGGUGUCCACCAACCAAACAUCCAAAAUGGUAGUAAAGGCUUCAGUAAAAGAUGUAGGUGCAGUUGUAGUUGCUACAGCUGCAAGUGCAAUACUAGCUAGCAAUGCCUUAGCAAUUGAAGUAUUGCUUGGUAGCGAUGAUGGCGGUCUUGCUUUUGUUCCUGGAAACUUCAGCGUUAGCGCCGGUGAGAAAAUUACGUUCAAGAACAAUGCCGGUUUCCCCCACAACGUUGUAUUUGAUGAAGAUGAAAUCCCAGCUGGUGUUGAUGCAUCUAAGAUUUCAAUGUCUGAAGAGGACCUUCUCAAUGGACCAGGGGAGACUUACUCUGUCACUAUGAGUGAGAAAGGAACCUACACUUUUUACUGUGCACCUCACCAGGGAGCUGGAAUGGUUGGCAAAGUUACUGUUAACUAAUUCUGAUUAGCCUCUUUAUCAUGUGUAAUAGUUAACUUGUUUCUAUUCAAAUCCCCUGAAUCUUUUAUUAUAAUAGUAUGUCUUUUUGAGGAUAUAAUCAUAAGUUCGUGGAGUUACAUAGUUCUUUAUAUAGCUUGGGAUUUAAGA